AUGACAUUCUACUUCUUCAAAGGUGUGUUGUCGGUGGCACCUGAGCUUCAGGAGUUUGGCCGACUAGAAUGCAAGGCACUGAUGAAUGAAUCUCAGAUAGACCCUUGUUUUGUUUUGUCUGUUAAAAACUGUUAUUUUGAAGUGUUAACAAAGACUUACAGGAUGAGGUCAGAACCAGAUGAUUCUGAUCCCUUUUCUUUUGAUGGACCAGAAAUUAUGGGUUGUGCAGGGUGCCAGAUAGAUUGGAAAAAAGGAAAGAAUGUUACUUUGAAAACCAUUAAAAAGAAGCAGAAACAUAAGGGACGUGGGACUGUCCGUACUGUGACUAAAACAGUUUCCAAUGACUCUUUCUUUAAUUUUUUUACCCCUCCUGAAGUCCCUGAGAAUGGAGAUCUGGAUGAUGAUGCCGAAGCUAUCCUGGCUGCAGACUUUGAAAUUGGUCACUUUUUACGGGAGCGGAUAAUCCCAAGAUCAGUGUUAUACUUUACUGGCGAGGCUAUUGAGGAUGACGAUGAUGAUUAUGAUGAAGAAGGUGAAGAAGCUGAUGAGGAAGGGGAAGAAGAAGGAGAUGAGGAAAACGACCCGGACUAUGACCCAAAGAAGGAUCAGAACCCAGCAGAGUGCAAGCAGCAGUGAAGCAGGAAGUCUGGCCCCGAGGACGGCCUACCCUGUAAUAGCCUAAACCAGACUGUCUCUUACUUACAGCCUUAUGUUUUGU